UUGUUGGCCAUCCACAAAUAUAAAAUAGCAAUUUAGCAAACAUUGGCCUCUUGCGGCGCGCCGCGAGCAAACGCCAAGGUAACAAUAAAAGCAAUAAACCAUGACUGUUUCAAACACCGUGGACCAGUACACAAUCAUGUCCGGGGAUCGUUCCAAAAUCAAGGACCUGCUCUGCAAUCGCCUGACCGAGUGCGGCUGGCGGGACGAGGUGCGUCUGCUAUGCCGCAACAUACUGCUCGAGAAGAGCAACUCGAGCAACGGCGUCACCGUGGAGCAGCUAAUUGCUGAAGUGACGCCCAAGGCGCGCACCCUAGUGCCCGAUGCCGUUAAAAAGGAGCUGCUCAUGAAAAUCCGCACCAUACUGGCCGAAAACGAGGCUGAGAACUAAACGAUGCUUCCGCUUUCAUGUUUUUUAUACUACAAAAGUUACGUUUAAGUCUACAAUUCACAAUUUGCAACAUUUUUAUAGAUGCCAAUAAACUAA